CCUCAGUAGCAGUCUUGUUGGCUCACUGGUCCAGUUCCUCAGGAGAAGUCUCUCUUCAGCCGUCACCCACCUCGGCACAGCUUUACGCCACGUCUGGGAGCGUGUCAGCUCCCAAGAGUCCAAGGAAGCAAUCGUAGGCUGUGUGCUAUGUAUUCUCAACAUGCACAAGAAGGUGGACAACUGAGCUCUCUCUUGACUUGCUGUUCAACACUUCACUUGUCAGCUGCACAGAGACUGGACAAGCAGACCUGGACAGUGGCCAUGUCUGAGAGUAUUGUAAAGAAGAUACAACCAUUCACGAUUGGGACCAAGCUGUCAGUCCCCGCUGUGCCAAAAUGCCAGGAGUUCACAGAGACUUAUCUGCAAAGCCAGAACCUCGAUAACUGCACAUUGCAGCAGGACCUAAACUCACUCUACCUCAGUCGACAGCAGGUCUGCGCACAUGGUACAUGCCAGGGCUCGCAAACUGGUCAGCAAGUAGCCCUCGUGAAACACAAACGUGAGGACACGGCCACAGAGGACAACCUCAACCAGAACGCUGCCGCGUCCUCUGCUGUUUCCAGAUCCAUAAAGAAGAUUACAAUCUCUGGGAAUAAUAAAAGUCCAGAGAACACAAUUUCAGUGGGACUAAGACAGCGAUCCAUUUUGGGAUCCACAUCCAAAAACCACAAUAACAACAACAACAUCAGCGGCACCCCUGUUCCCAACCUGCCAAGGAUUGUGGGAGUCAACUGUGAGAAUAAACCUAAAUCUCAUUUCAAGGUUUUAGUGAAAACACACAAUGGUGAGGAUUAUCCAGCACAGCAGGGACCAACCAAAUCUAAACUAAAUGUUCAGAAGUAUGUCCAACAGGAGAAAAAGGCUCAAAGACAUCAGCAUCACACACAGAAUGAUGAAUCCGCAGAUGUUUUAUCCCUGAGUGACUGCUAUAUUCAGAACAAAGAUGACCUGCAGGCGGAGACAUGGAAUAACAGCAAAGUGCAAGAGCUGAAGGAUGACUGCAAAAUUCAGCGCUGCCCCCUGCAGGACUGGGAUGAAGCCUCACAGAUACUUCAGAGAGAUCUCAAAGACUUUGACAACACCCUCAUCCAACUCAACCAGACAGGUGAUCAUCUGAUCUGCAAACUCAAUCCCACUUCUGACCUUGUGAAGAAUCAACUCAGUCAUUUUAAAGACCAAUGGAACAUUCUGAAGCAGACAGCUGCCAGUCAAUCCAGGGUCCUGGGUUGUUCUAAAAACCUACAGGAAUUCAACAGAAAAGUGGACAAGCUUGAGAUAUGGAUUAAAGAGAAGGAAGAGGAGCAGUAUCUUGUUAAUGUCCUGGGUGCAAAUGUUGAUAAAAUGCAACUAACCAGAAGAAUUUUAGAUUUGAAACAGGACGAACAGCUAUACAGAACACUCCAUGAAGAGAUCAAUCAAAUGGCCCUAAAACUAGAGAAGCAAGGGAAGUCCGACAGUAAAAGCAUCUCCAGCAGGAGGAAAAAUAUCAAUAAAAUGUGGCUGAAGGUGCAGUCGCAUCUGAAAAAACACCAAGACAAUCUUCAUAUUGCACUUGAAGUGUCGUCAUUUUACCAGCAGGCUGACAAUACGUUAUUUGCCAUCAAUAACAUGAUGAAAAGCAUAUCUUCCUCAAAAGAGCCAGGCCUUUUUGGAGACAGAGAAAUCCGUGACAUUGCCAGUCAAAUCAUGAUGUUAGAUGUGAGUGUGUCCCAGCUAUCAAAUCUCCACCCUGCCUUGGCUGCUGGUGUAACCCAAAAACAGAGUGAGGUCCGGGACCUUUGGGUUUCUCUUCAGAAGGUUUUCAGGAGUGAUCGGACAGCCCUUCUUCCCAUGGGAUCAACAUUCACCAGGGAAGAUGCUGACCCCUCGACAUCUCAACUCCAAUGUAGUAUGGGAAAAGAGAUUCAAACUACCAUGGGAAAGCAGAGUACAGAAUGGCAAAGUCAUGAUGUAGACUAUUUGAGUACAUAUGAAUGUUGUGGGAGUGCUAAGCAAAGCCAGGCACUGCAAUGUGUGAACCACACCUCUUCACCCAUGGGAGAUGGUCCUGAUGAUGUCAUCAUCAGUCAUCAGUCGAGGAGGGAAAGCAGGAAGCCCAGAGGUGAGCCCAAGCGUGCCAAUGCCCUUAAAGGCCACCCACAGCUUCCCAUUCAGCUCCAGAAGUUCACAGUUUCAGCUGACAAGACUCUGUCUUGGCUGAAGGAAAAUGUUUCUAUGGCCACACAAGUAUGUUCAAUCACCACUUUUGAGGGACUGGAAGCUGCCAGGAUGUGCCAAAAUGCAGUGCAACAAGAAAUCCUUGCCAAUAAAGCCAGGGUAGAAGUGGUUAAACGAGAGGGACAUGGGUUGAUCAGAGCACAGCACCCAGGCAGCAACAAGAUUGGGCAGUUCCUCAGUCAACUGGAGGCUCUCUGGGAUGAGCUGCAGAUCAGGCACCAGAGCAAUGCUGUAUUCCUGCAGGCCUCAGAAGACAUUGGCUUUAGGGUUGUUAAAGUCCUACAUGCACUUGGAAUACUGGAGGCCUGGCUGGAAUCUGUGGAGCUUUCCAUGAAGGAUUCCUCACUUGCUGCCAGUGACCCUAAAACAAAGUCAAUAGGAGAGCGAGAGAGCAGUCAGCUGGAGAACGAAGUUGCAACACGAGGACUGGAGCUCAUUGCUCUUAGACAAGAGGUGGCGCGCCUCCAUGGCCACAGUCACCCACACACACGCAGCUUGCCAUCACGUAUAGAAGAAGUGGACAGAAAGUACCAAUGUGUUCUGAGAACCCUGGCUCAAAAGAGCUCCAAGAUGCAGGACACACACAUGCUGACUGAGAACUUGGAGAGUGUAGCGUUGGAAGACAGUCAGGGGCGUGACAGUGGUCAAUACUGCUUCAAUCAGCCUAUCCACAGUAUGAGCUCAUCAAUUCCUGAUUUGCUGGGACUUGAAAGCAGUCAGCUGAGCAUGUGUGACCCUGUGGACGAACUGAGAGAGGCUAUGGAGAUGCUGAAUGACAAAGCAAGGGAAAGAAGGAAAUCACAGGGUCAUGAGGAGUCCAUACAGGAGCUACUUAGCAAGCAAGCCAGGCUGUCUGCAUGCAUUGAGGAGUGCCUUUGCGGCUACAACAAGCUUAACCUGGAUAUCCUUGAGAAGGAGACAGAGAUGGCUGUCCAAUGUGAGCCAGAUCACUGCAACUUUGAGACUUUGCAGAAGAGAGAAGCCCACCUUGAGAUUGACUAUGAAGUUCUCACUGACGAAGUGAAGGAAAUGGAGGGUCUGGCUUCUCGUUUGAAGGAACUGUGCCCUGAGAGAAUGCAUGUUCUUUGGCCCAAGACUGAGGGAACACUACAGGUCUGGGCAGAGCUGGAAAAGAGUGUAAUGCAGAUUAAAUCACGUCUGCAAGAGUUUUUGAAUCUGCAAGACUUCUUCAGGAGUUACCUUGCAAUGAUCUCAUGGACAGAAGAGACCCGCUUAUGCGUUUUCUCAGACACAAUGCAUCAAGAGGAAGAUGGUCCGCAGUCCACAGAGAUUGAUAUUCAAAUCGAGCAGAAGUUAGAGGAGUUCGAUACGUUGGCGGCAUCUGGGAGAAACAUAUUAGACAAAGAACAUCACCUCACUCAAAUGGUAGCAGAACGCAUGGAGGAGCUUCAAAAUAUGCUUGGUUGGAUUUCUGUGCACUGGAAAGUGAAGAAACAAGAGUGGCUUCACAAGAAGAGUAGACAAGAGCCCUCAAUAGAUAACAUUUAUACAGAGGCCACUUUGUACUGUCCAUCAGAGACUACAGAUUCUUAUGAGUUCUGUCAGUCUCAGAAUAUCCUCUCAGAAGCAAGUAAAGCCAAGCCUGGAGGAGACAGUCAGACCUCAGAACAGUUCCUUGGACAUGCUCAGCAGCCAAAAGAGAAGCAGUUAGAGGAUGGCUACGAGGUCAUGAAAAGUAUCAGGCAACGGGACUGUGAGUCUGUCCGAUCAGAGUCUUCCACACCCUCCCUCAAGCUCAUUAAAGAGCCCAGCAGCCCUUCUUUAGGGGGAAUGGUCAACCUCAUCCUCAGCAUUGGUAACUCAGGGGAAAGCCAGCUUCAGGUGGUCAACCAAACUGUGGGAAACGAUGUUUUAGACCAGACUUCUGAGUCUUUCCAUAGACCUACUGUGCCUGCCUGUAAAAACUUUUGGAAGCGCUGCCAGGGGCUUUUGGAAAAUACUUUGGGUAGUUUAAAGCGAAAGAAAAAGAUUUAUCGGCAGAGUGCAAACGAGGUGAGUACUUACUUGCACAUCAAGGAUAACAGCUCGACUGUGGCCCCAGUGUAUGAAAGUAUCACUCCCCCACGACAAAAGAGUCGCUUGACAUCCUCAGCCUGCCCUUCAUCCUCGACAACCUCCUCCUCACCAUCCUCCACUGGGCAAGCACCUCUGACCGGUGUAUCCUUCCACCCUUUAAAUGGGAUAAUGAAUGUCAACGGCUCCAUCUUCAGCAGUCUUAAGAGAAUGGGUAAGAAACGAAAGAGAAAGAGAGACACUCGAAGACAUACCAUUCAGAAAGUCAUGGGGGUUGACAGUGAAACCGAUGAGCCUCUUUAUGCCUGUGAGACAGUCACCUAUGACACUCGUACCUGGCCACUCAAAGAGGGUCGAAGAAAAAAAAAAUUGCCACAGUGCGGGGAGGGAGUUGACACGGUGGUCGACCAACCAAAUCCCUUAUUGAAAGACAUUGAAUUAGAGUGCACUCAAGAGGAUGCUAUUACACCAUACGCUGUUUCCGAAAGGCCAAACACCUCCAUCCAAGGGAGAGGCCAACACAGACUGCUUUCUUUGGGUUCCGUGUUGAGCUUUGACUUACCGAAGGACAUAACUCUCAUCCCUAAGAUUCAAGAAAUAAUUACUAUAGCUCCUCGGGAAUCCAAUAAGACGACUGGGACUGAUCCAGAUCCAAACUUCCAGCGGCACACAGCAUUGAGCUCAUUCAAACAAUCUCGACUCUCACUGGGCAAUGCAGCCAGCAGAACCGAAAACAACUCUAAGACACAGUCCUCUACAGUUUUUGUGAAAGAUUUGCCUGAUAAUGACAGAAAUUCCAACACAUCACCUGCCCCAGAAAAUGACGAGGAUCAGAUGGUACCAUGUAACGAUUUAUGCACAAGGCAGUUCAACCUGCAAAAUGAUGCAGAACAGGAUUGGGAUGAAAUGUCAUCCGGACAUAAAACUGCGAACGAUGACAGCCGCAAGAUAUCUCAAGCCCCUAUUUAUGUGAAUCAAGCCACAGUAUCCACUACUGCAGCUCAUAAACACCAGUGCCCAAAUAUUCAUACACUUAUUCGGGACCUCAAUGGACACAAAUACCAUAAAAGUGGAAUGAUGCAAGGUGAAAAUGAUGAGAAACAGUCUCUGCACCAAGCUUCUCACAAGGUUGUCAAUCUCAAGUCAACUGUGAAUCUUCGUCAGGACUCUGUGGACUCAGGCAUCUCCAGCUCCAGCAGCAUCAAACUCUGUUCUGAGGCAUCUUGUCCAGAUAACCCCCAGAUUACAGGAAUGGUAGGAAAGCUUAUGUCACUUCACGUCGGACGUAUUGACUGCAUAAAGGUGACAGACAAUGAGGGCGCAUCAAAAACCAGCAAAGACUCACAACAAGAACCCGUUCAGCUCAACCAUCAACAGUUUGAGGAGGAAGAAGAAGAACUGGAGGGUAUCUGGAACAAAACUCCUAACUUCAGACAGAGUAUCUCUUCUGAUAUCAUGUACCAGCCAAAUCAGGAAGAGUCCACAUCAUCGGAUCAUUCGGGCGAUCCCGUUUCCACAUCCUCCCCCAAUAAAGGGCCCGCUAUACGCUAUCGAAACCUCGCCACUGUCUCAGAACCAAACCUCUUUGUAGCUGACUUCAGGCUGCCAUUUAACAUCCUGGAGCAGAGUCCUCAAAGCCCACUGCAGACCAUAAGAGACAGAAGGUCCUGGGCAGCAUUACCAAAUCGAGACCAACUUGGCCGGACCUUAAUGGGUGUGAAUGAAACUGCCGCAGAUCAGUUGAGGCUCCCAGAUGUUGUUGACAAUCAUAAAUACAUUUACCAAUACAGACAGGAGGAAGAGGAUGAGGAAGACUCAAAAAGUGGGGAGAAGAUAGAUGAGCACACAGCUUGUUCAAAGUACCAGUCAGAUGACUUCUGUUGCACAAAAAAGGAUGCUCGAAAACCAGAAACCCUGGAUAUGCAGGAAGCCUUAACGGCCACAAGUGGGCACUGUGGUACUAUGGAUGGCAAUCUUGAGUUGCAAUCUAUGGAAGGAACCCUCGAGAGGAAGCAAAAGCUGCAACUUGGUGGAAAGAAAGCUGCCUCCAGAGGCUGGAAUUCGUACCAAACUGUCUUAUAUCGACACACCUUGUGCUUCUACCAGGAUAGAAAGGAAACACUGAGGAGUUCUGCAUGUGGCCUGCCGUUGAACCUUACUGGAGCGGAGUGUUUAUCUGCACCAGAGUAUACCAAGAAACCUAACUGCUUUCGCUUGAGGUUGCGCGAUGGCUCAGAAUAUCUAUUCAAUGCUUCCUCACGCAUUAUGAUGAAUAAAUGGAUGUCCAAAAUACAAGCCAACAUAGGUGCAAGUCAGUCAUUGCUAUCAAGCUCCACAGUAGAACACAGCAUCCCCAUUUUCGUAAGCCCCCCUCUGUGCUCAGGCUGCCAUGGCCUGACCAAAUGCUACUGCUCCUCCCAGCAUGAUGCCACUUCUACGUUUCCAAGACGGAAACCCCCGAACAGAUCUGAGGAGAUGCUUGUCCCCUCCAGAGAGUUCACACGCUUGUCACAGAGUCAUUUAAGAUGUUUGGAGGAAGGUUUGACCAUGUCAUCCACAUAUGGACACUCCUGCAGUGGUGAUGAUUGCAGCAGCAGCUGUAAGCAAGUGGUGACUGACAGAUUUCAGGAACCAAUCGGAGAAAACACCACCGUCUCCCACUGGUCGUCCCCAUGCAGCAAUCCAGACAGAAUGAGCAGCAAACCUCGCUCCCACUCAUUCACGUCUGCAACCUAUCAGAGGAUCAAGCCCACGCAGCAGACCAGUGGAGGCCCGGAGAAAGCGUCUAACUACAGUGUGACACUGGUGCUGGGAGACAAGUUAUCGGACAGUAAAACCUAUGACGCUCCAUCGGUGACGGUUGCGGGAUGGCAGAAGGACGCUUGCUCUUCAACGAGCUGCAACAGCCCGAGUCCGCCUCGCAGCAAAUCCGUCUUUAUGAAAUUCUUUGGCAAAAAGGACUUGUGACUUUUCACCAGACUGUCUAAUGUGCAGUGCACGUUUUCAUUAGUACUAUCUACUACUGACUAUAUUUAUAUUGAUUUGCUCCCAAUUUUAUUUGAAUGUGUUACAGGUUGUUUUGGAGUAUGUAUUUUAAUACUGUGUGUGAUAUGUCAUUUGAAAUUAUUUCACCAUUUGUCUUAAAUUUACACGUUUGUUAUUUGUUUGGGGUGGCACAGUUAAUGGUGGACUUUGCGUGUUGUUUCUGCACAUGCGUAGGCUUUCUCUGAAGUGAAACAUGCAUAUUGCUUCAUUGAGGACUAAAAUGGGGGUCACCGACAUGGCCUGUUGUUGAACUUUUUCACUAGUGAAGAUGACUAUGAUUUAUUAGGAAUGUUGUAGAAGUGAUCAUUUGAAUAUCGAAACAUUUGCAGUGUUUUAUACAAAUCAGUUACACAUGGAUAUUUCCUUUUUUUAAAUGUGUUGAUCAUUUUGAGAGAAAUUCUUAACAAGAUCAGCUUCUCCACAGGAUUUGCACUGAGUGUUAAUAAUAACUCCAUGUUUGCCAUUGAUGGUGCUAGACAUCCGAUCCAUUUUGACUGGGAGGGCUCGCAUCGAUGGAUUCGACGUCUAGCACUGUCAAUGGCAUUGAAACAUGAGCAUUUAAAACCAGCCCUGUCAGUUUAAAUGACUUGGACAUCUAUUGCUAUCAAUGGCCACCAAUGAGUUAAGGUAAUUUGGCUAAAUCUCAGAAGUGGCUAUAAAAGUUUCAAAAACAAUGUUGAUCACUGUUCUAAAUGGUCUAUAAUGAAGCUUGAUUGGUUUAUUGUAAAGUGCCCUAUUAGCUGGCGACCAAUCAAAAGUAUCAUCCAAAGUCAACUGUGAUAGGGUCAAGCAAAGAAAAUGGAUGUGUAGUCUGUAUGUUAUCAGUGUGCAUACAAAGCAUUACAUUUGCAUAGCAAAGCAAUAACACAGUAAAUUCAUUUCGGUAGUGUCCCCAUAAUUGUGUUCCUCCUGUGUAUUCUGCAUCUAAUUAAUUUUUUUAAAACACAGAAACCUGCAGUUUGAUACUGAUUGUGUUUUUUUAACAGCGAGUUUUAAUAAAAUUACAGAAAUUAUUAUGUAGUUCUGUUUUUAAUCAACAAAAUCAUUUGCAUCCUUUUUCACAAAUAAAGAUGGAACUAUGUCAUCAUUACAGAUUUGUCAUUUUUGUACUAUUCAAAUUGGCAAGGGGCAAUCUAACAUUUACAAAAAACACUGGUUCUACAAAUUAAUUAUAGAAAUAGCUUGUUCGCUGCAAUUGUUUUUUUCACAGUGGCUGUGAGAUGGGCUGAUCACAGAUCAGC